GGAGGCGACGGGAAUCGGCGACGGCCGAGCGGGCGUACGGGGGCCUCGCCGGGCCUCGCAGCGCAGCCCCCUCCAUGCGCCUCGCUGGCGGAGCCGGCUCUCCCCGGGCGGCAGUCUCGCCCGGGAACGGCAGCCGGUGGCGGCUGACGGAACCCGACGGCAGCAGCCCCAGCCCUGAGGCGUGGUCGGGGUCACCCAACGGUAGCCUGGGGGGCUGGGACCCCUUCGGGCGCGACGAGGAGUUGGCAAAGCUGGAGAUCGCCGUGCUGGCCGUCACCUUCGCCGUGGCGGUGGUGGGCAACGGCAGCGUGCUGCUGGCCCUGCGGCGCACGCCGCGCAAGGCGUCCCGCAUGCACCUCUUCAUCCGCCAUCUCAGCCUGGCCGACCUGGUGGUGGCCUUCUUCCAGGUGCUGCCCCAGCUCUGCUGGGAGGUGACCCACCGCUUCCACGGCCCCGACGGGCUUUGCCGCGUCGUCAAGCACCUGCAGGUCUUCGGCAUGUUCGCCUCGGCGUACAUGCUGGUGGCCAUGACCGCCGAUCGCUACAUCGCCGUCUGUCACCCACUGAAGACUCUGCAGCAGCCCACCAAACGCUCCUAUGGGAUGAUCGCGGCGGCCUGGGCGCUCAGCCUGCUGCUCAGCACCCCGCAGUACUUCAUCUUCUCCCUCAGCGAGGUGGAACUGGGCUCACAGGUCUACGACUGCUGGGCGCACUUUAUUAUGCCCUGGGGGCCCCGCGCUUACAUUACUUGGAUCACCGGCGGCAUCUUCGUCGCGCCCGUCCUCAUCCUCGUCACCUGCUACAGCUUCAUCUGCUACCACAUCUGGCGCAACGUCAGAGGCAAGACGCGCCCGGGGGAGGAGGCAGGCGGCGGGCGGCGGGCGGGAGGCGGCGGCGCGCAGCAUGGACUGCUUCUUGCCCCCUGUGUUGUCAGCAGCGUGAAGACCAUCUCCCGAGCCAAGAUCCGCACCGUCAAGAUGACCUUCGUCAUCGUUUCGGCGUACGUCGUCUGCUGGGCACCUUUCUUCACCAUCCAGAUGUGGUCUGUCUGGGAUCAGCGCUUCUCUUGGGUCGAUUCUGAAAACACCGCGACUACUGUCACAGCUCUGUUGGCCAGUCUGAACAGUUGCUGCAAUCCCUGGAUCUACAUGUUCUUCAGUGGGCACCUCCUGCAAGACUGCAUACAGAGCUUUCCUUGCUGCCAAAAAAUAAGGCAGACGCUGAGUAAAGAAGAUUCAAACAGCAACAGCAGGCGACAGACUUCUUUCACCAAUCACAGAAGCCCAACCCACAGCCUGAGCACCUGGAGAGAGUCACCCCACUCCAAAUCAACCAGCUUUAUCCCUAUUCCAACCUGAGAUAAACCCAGGGCAGGCAGGGCUUGCUGCCCAAAACCAGCACUUGGGAAGGUUAAGGAGCAGAACUUCAUGCUGGUCAAAGGCACCAGGCAUGGUAACAAGAAAUGACUAAGUUCUCCGUAUGACAAAAUGUGCUACAUUGCUCAAUAAAGUAUUCUACAGUGUGUAAAUUAUUUUCUGAAAGGUAUUAGGACUUGGGCCACUGAUCAGGGAGGUGUGACAACAAUAAAGCAAAUAUUUUUCUAAGUAGAAUUUAUUAUUUUAAGUUUCUUCAUUUCUGAAAUACUAUGUGCAUUGAUUGCUUGCUGUUUAUAGCUGUGAAAGUAGUUGAGCUGUCGUGUGUUGGGUAACUCCACUCUGUAGUCUUAAUGCCUAAAAUUUCCCAUGACUGUCCAAUGAAUUCACAGGAAAAAAUGAGAUUAUAUGAGCAAGAUCACAAAAUAAAAAUACACAGAUAGACUCUGA